AGGAUCUAUGUAUGUACCCAUGUGUUGUACCAUGCAGGGAUUAAGGUUAUUAAAAUCUGAUUUUAAUUAGUACAGGAUUAAUAAAAUCCUCCUAAAAUUUGAAAAUUAAGUAUUUUUCAAAAAAAAAAAAAAAAGCAUUAUAUUUCCAAAGUAAAAUCCUCUCCCCCACAUUCAACCAAAACACAAGAACUUAGAACUCCCCUCUCCACUUCACACUCAAACAUCAUCAAAAAUGUCAACCAAAAUGAUACUUAUGGCCAACUCCCUAACACACGUUCGCCCAUUCACUUGCACAACAUCAAGGCUAGUACAACAACCACCAGACCUCAUCAAAUGGGUAAAAACUGAAGGUGGAUUUGUUCACAAAUCCAUAAAGAUAGCACGAGGUGAUGAUGACUCUUUUGGAUUUGGAUUAGUUGCUUCUCAAGAUAUCCCAAAAGGGUCUGAUAUCAUUGCUCUUCCUCAACAUGUUCCACUCAAAUUUGGGUCUGAAUCAGAAGCAGAAAAUUCCCAUUCUUGUUUGGUAAAAUUAGCUCAACAUGUUCCUGAGGAGCUGUGGGCUAUGAAAUUGGGUUUGAAGCUUCUGCAAGAGAGAGCAACGAAAGUUUCGUUCUGGUGGCCGUACAUCAGCAAUCUCCCGGAGACUUACACCGUGCCGAUUUUCUUUCCCGGAGAGGAUAUCAAGAACUUGCAGUAUGCUCCUCUUCUUUAUCAGGUGAAUAAAAGGUGUCGGUUUUUACUGGAGUUUGAGAAACUUCUGAAGCGUGAACUUGAGAAUCUUAAACCCGAUGAUCAUCCUUUUGGUGGCCAAGACGUGGAUUCAUCUGCUCUAGGAUGGGCUAUGUCAGCUGUUUCAUCUCGAGCAUUCCGGUUGUAUGGCAGUAAACGUCCUGGUGGUACCCGUAGUAAUGUUCCUAUGAUGCUUCCACUUAUAGAUAUGUGCAACCACAGCUUCGAUCCAAAUGCCGAAAUUGUACAGGAAGAAGAGAACUCCAAUAAUAUGCUUGUAAAGGUGGUUGCCGGAAGGGAGAUAGAGCAAAAUGAUCAGUUGCUACUCAACUACGGCGGUUUAAGUAGUGAUCUUUUUCUUCUGGACUAUGGAUUCGUCAUUCCAUCGAACCCCUACGACUGCAUUGAACUUAAAUACGACUCUGCUCUUCUUGAUGCUGCCAGUAUGGCUGCAGGGGUUUCAUCCCCAAACUUCUCUUCGCCGUCCCCAUGGCAGCAGGAGAUUUUAUCGCAUUUAAAUCUUGUCGGACCAAACCCUGAUCUAAAGGUGACGCUAGGAGGUGGAGAGCUAGUCGAGGGUCGAUUACUAGCAGCCUUGAGAGUUGUCCUAUCAAGCAACGAAUCAGCAGUGAAGCAACACAACUUGAAGGCGCUCAAAUCGCUGACAGUUGAAGCUCCACUGGGGAUAUCAACUGAAGUCUCCGCUCUUCGCACUGUUGUCGCAUUGUGUGUAAUCGCGCUCGGACACUUCCCAACGAAAAUCAUGGAGGACGAGUCGUCGUUGAAGCAGAAUGUUUCUCCUACUACUGAGUUGGCUCUCCAGUUCAGAAUACAAAAGAAGUCCCUCAUUGUGGAUGUUAUGAAGGAUCUUAGCAAGAGGGUAAAGUUACUCCUUGCCAAAGAAUCAUGCACGCACCUCAAGUAAUUCUACGGGAUGCCUGUAACCUCGUAUUAGUAGAGGUACCGGGUAACUCUGUUCAUCACGGCUCGUGGACAUCUAACUUUUUGUGAGGUCUUAUUCAGUUUACCUUCACAAAUUUUGGUGAUUAUGGGGAGUAUCAUGUAGGCAACCUACUCUAGUGCGAUUAUGAUUAAACUAUUUUUCCUUCAUCACUUAACACAUGUUUUACGCGAUAUAUAUUCUCACUUUAAUUUGAAGUGUUAAAGUUAAAUUGUUGGUUUCGU